AUGGAUAAAUUUCUCAAAAGAUCGCAGCCUUCAACAUCUGGUGCGAGUAUCAAUAGCGGUGGUGGUGAAUCGAAUCCGAAAAAAAAUAGACAUUACGAUGACAGUUAUUUGAAAUACGGGUUCACAGUCAUAAAUAAUAAACCUCAAUGUGUAAUUUGCGGCGAUGUUUUAUCACGUGAGAGUAUGAAACCGUCAAAGCUUAUGCGGCAUCUCACAACCAAGCAUCAAAAAGAAGCUGAUAAGCCGUUGGAUUUCUUUGAACGAAAGUUGAAAGCUCUUAGCCAGCAGCAAAAUACUAUAAAUCAGGUAAUAAGAAAAUAA